AUGGCACAUCCAAACCUCCGUCCGGAAACCUCUAAUCGUACUUCAUCACCUGUGUACAUUCGAACAAACCCCUCAGACUAUGCUUGCAUUCACCCCGCUGCGCUGGACCCGGCAUAUAACGGACCCGCACGUCCUCCAUCUCCCACGGUAUUUACAGCACCAGCCUUGUUCAUACACCCAACAACUGCUGUGGGAUUUGUAGCCAAUCACACUAGACCAUCCACUCCACAUUCCAACUCGGAUGACUGCCCCAUUUGCCUGGACAGCUAUAUCACUGAAGCCUGUCUCCAAAUUAUAGGAAUCAUAGGGUGCAACCACCGCAUUGGCAGCACAUGUUUGGAAAAAAUGCUCGAUCACCAUCCCGGAGAUGAGAAAAAAUGCCCGUUGUGUCGCACAGUCUGGAUACUUGGCUCUGCCCCCCAUUUCGCUGCACAAGAUCGAAGUCUUGCUAAUAUAAGAGCAAUGACAAACCCGCUCCUGAGUAUGGGCGGAGAAGUUUCUAGUUCACACAAUCGGCUUCCACCCGGAUACACGGCGCACCCUAUGAGAAGUCACAAUCGAGGUGGGCUACGAACUGAUACACACUCAUCGCCAUUAUGGCAGGACCAAGAUCAGUCCGUCCUUAUUGACUCGUCAGAGGAAUCGGAAGAUGGCGACUCGGAAGAGGAAGAAGAAGCUGCUUAUGCAACCCAAGUCCGGAUCUACGAAGACCUAACGGCCGAUAUCGCUGAUAUACGGCGUCGAGCAGAUAACCAAGGAGCGGAUCGGACCAACCGAAACAGACGCCAGGAUCGAUUGCAACACGGUCAUGAGGAGAGCCAGCUUGGUGGUGGAAGCGAGACCAACAGAGUUGAGUCUAGAAGAAGAAGGAGAGGAGCCAUCUCCGCCAACACACCAGGAACGAACACGCUCAACCGCUUCAUGAACGUGCGCGCAUUGAACGCUUUCCGAACCGCCGUGAACGGGACUGCACCCGAAGUCGCGGUUAGGGGCGACCGCUUCACUGGCCAUGUUACGCGGGGAAUGGCGCGUGCACGGGACGAGCCCAGUGCUCGAGACGGGCAGCAUCGCGCCACGCCUGGUGAGGACUUGAUGGGUGCAGGUCAACAGCAAAAUACCAUUUCAUCUGCCGUGACGCCUGCUUCUCCGCAUGCACAGACUGGUACUCGACGUUCCGGCGCAGAUUGUAGAGUGACCAGACCUCGCGGUGGUCACCCACAACCUCACACUAGAAUCUCUCAGUCAUUCCGUACUCCCGAGGCUCACGCUCAGUACCUAGACGAGCGACAGCGGUUUCUAGAUGUCCAGUACACGAACUUGCUAAGGUGGGAGACAGCGCUUCAAGAGCGCGAGACGAGGGUAGAGAAUACGCUUGCACUGAUAACGAGACAAAGGGUUGAGUUGGAAGAACUGAUGCGAAGGCAGCGAGAGGAUUUGGAUAGUAGUAGGUAG